AUGCUGACCGGGCCCGCGACCAGCCGGACAUUCGAAAGCGCGAUCGCGCUCGCAAUCGCCGGGCCAUCACAGCUUGUGCCAUCGACUGUUCCCACGCUCCCAUCGACAAUGAUCUUGAAGCUCACCUCCCAGAGGACAUUCUCGCACGUCAGCAACGAGGACGUCGGAGCUGCCGCCGGGAUAGCACGACAUGCAAUGCAACAUGGACCCGUGUCCGCUCAUGAUCUGCUCGCUAGGACACUCGAGGCAGAGAGUAGAUGUGCGCGCGCGCUCGCGCUAGCGACAACGGCAUCAGCAGCCGCAAGUAUGGGCGCGGGCCUGAUGUUCCAAGCAGGUCACAACAUCGAUGCCGCAGCGGCCCAGGGACAAGGACAACGGCAUUCUGUCACCAUGAUCCUCAUCAGCCUGCGCCACUCACCGUCGUCAUCAGCACACAACCUGUCCCCGCCGGGCACACCAGACAAGGACACGCUGAUGCUGCAGUUCUUCCAACACGAGCUGGUGGUGUAG